ACUGUUCGUAUUUGUCUGUGUGUUUUGAAUACAAACAAGCGAGAAGGCUUGUGAAAUACAAAAACAUGAAGAAGAAACGACGUUGUGAGUCUAUUGAGCAGGAAACAGCAAAUUUUUCACAGAAGCUUGCAAAGAAAAGAAAGAGGACUUCCGAUAAUAUUGCAUUGCAGAGCAGCAGUAGGCCACAAAACAAGAAUAUCAGAAGUGAUGACAGUCAUUCAGCAAGUACUUAUGAAGAUCAGGAUGAAAAUUUCAGCAGCAGCAACUGCCGACAAAAUUCUGUCCAGAAAGUAUCAAAUGUAGAUGAGACCAGAUAUUCUUCAGGUAAUAUAUUCAGAGACAAUGACACUGUCAACAGCUCUGGUGAGUCUUGGAGGACAGUCAACAGUAAGAACAAACUGAAGAGAGACCCAUUAUUGCGCAUUGGCGACCACCAUUACAGCUGUAAUUUCUGUUCCAAGAGAUUCACCAAGAAAGAUAAGCUAAAGAAGCAUAUGCAUGUGCACUCUGGGGAACAUUCCUUCAGUUGCAUUGAAUGUGACAGAACAUUCAAAGAAGCCUCUGCUCUGAAGUAUCACAUGGAUGCACACAAGAGUGAAUGCCUAUUCAUUUGUGUCAUAUGUAGUAAAGUGUUCACACAGGAGAGUAACCUGGAGUACCACUUGCGCUCGCAUACGGUUGAACGACCCUUCUGCUGUUCUAUUUGCUGCAAGAGAUUUACAAGUAGCAGUAUCUUAAAGGAGCACUUGAAUAUACACUCAGAUGAACGUCCCUACAGUUGCACUGAGUGCAGCAAGACGUUCAAAUCACCAAAAUAUCUGAGAGUGCACAUGAAGGUACACACAGGUGAACGUCCAUUCAUUUGCUUUAUUUGUAAGAAAUCAUUUAUACAGAAAUGUGACCUAAAGAAUCAUUUGCGCAAACAUACAGGUGCACGACCCUUUAGCUGUACCAUAUGUUACAAGACAUUUAUUAGUAGCAGUGCCUUAAACCAGCACUUGCGCACACACUCGUCUGAAAGCCCCUUCAGGUGCACUGUGUGCAGCAAAUCAUUUAAAUGGAAAAAUAACUUGACGACGCAUUUACGUAUCCACACAGGUGAACGUCCCUUCUGCUGUACUGUAUGUAGCAAGACAUUCACAGAUAGUAGCACUCUAAAGAAACAUUUGCGUGUCCACUAUGUGAGUGCCCCUUCAGUUGCAAGAUCCUUAGCAAGAUAUUUGCAGUGAGCAAUAUAGAAUAUGGAUGAAUGUUUGUAGUUGGAAAUGUCAUUUGCUACUGAACAUUUCGGAAUGCUCUUAAUAACUAUUUACACAAAGUAGUUAUCUGAUGUGAACUCUGUUAUGUGCUCAUUUUCAAAUAUUUUACAAACACUGGCAAAUAUUCACACACAAUAUGCAGAACCAUAUAUUUGUAUAAUUGCUUUCGUGUUAAAGCCAAAUUAAAAUAUGUAUUUAGACAACUGGAAA